AGCUGUGACAAUAACAACUUGUUGACAAACGUCCGCUUUAGAAUGCAUCGUCCUUAUCUCCCAGACAUGAUAUAAAUAGUUCAGCAGUUUUGAUUUAAGAAAUUACCGACGUCUUUAAAACUAAGAGUGGUUACCAUGUUAUCGUUCAGCAUCACAACUUUAAUACUUCUGAUACCCGUAGGAGCAGUUCAGGAGACAAACCAUCUGAUUCAAAUUGACCAUAAAGGGCGAAGAGUUUCGAUGGAUGUAACAUACGAUUCCGACAAAAAUACAGUACUAGUUGUAGUUGGAGAUGUUUCCAAAUACAAGGACGGUGCCCAGACGGUCAAUCUGCAUGAUUACAACACGGGCUACGGUGUUCUUAAAAAUAUUAACAGAAAGAUAUGCCUUAUGGGACGUGCUCCUUUUCCAAAAGCGACUCCUGAAAAAUACAGGGUGGGCUUGACCACUGAAGUUCAUGACCACUGGCUAGAUAUCAAUCCCGCCAAGCUGACCAAUGAGGAUGUUCUGGACAUUGCUGGCCCAAACAUUGCUGCAUUCUGUAAGGAUUACGGAACUUACUUCGUAACAGCGACACCAUUGGAGGAACACAAAAGAGCGCUAGGACAUGACCGGCGUUCUGAUGAAAGUCAAAAGGAGAGCAAUUGGUGUGUUUUUUCCUCCUGCGGAACCGAUAAAGAACAGUUACAGGAGCUGUCAAAAGAUCAAUAAGAUGGUUAAUUGAGGAAACCAAUACAGAAGAACAAACCAACACUUGAAAUGUAUCUUUAAAGAUUCCAACCAGUACACUUCUGAAUUAAACAUGUAAAAAAACA